AUAUAUAGACGAAACUAACCACCUUAGAUCGCCAACCAUAGCGAACAUGCUUCCUAGAGAUGAAAGAUAUCGAUCUACACUUUCCAGCGUGCCAUAUGGCGUCAGUCCUCGCACCAUGCCCUCUCGGGAUUUUGAUGUUGCCCUCCAACAAGCUCAGUAUGGAAUUCAAGGACAAGAUUAUGCUAGUUACGCACACAGUCACCACAACCCUCCAGCUAUGCCAAUGAAUUAUUCCCCCCAGCACCAGCACAACGAGAUGGCGCUUUACACCAAUUAUGGCGCGAAUACCACGCAAGAGCUAGUGCGAAGGACUAAUUUGGCGGUCUCGUUGGCAAACCAUAACGUCAAUCCGCGGUCACAUGUUUCGUUGGUGCAUCCGAUGAUGCACACAGACGGGAGGUUUCCGGUCGACUUUCAGACGCCAAAAACAAUUGAGGAGAUCAAGUUGUUGGACUCAACACAAAUUGAUCGUAUCCUUCAAGAUUAUAAGAUUCCACAUGAUAUGCGGUCGCUUCUUAAUAUACUAGCGUCUUCGGGGAUUCAUGCUGGUAUUGUAAGCUCGGGCCGAUUAAGACGGGCAAAGCUGCAGCUUCUUUUUGAACACUUGGGUGCAACGAGGGUUGUUGAAGAGGGCGGAUUCAAGAAAUCUGGACGCUGAGUCAAAUCUGCACUCGAGCCGCGUUUGCGUUUUCAUAUUAUUCCUACAGCAUGGUCGACAUUGCUUCUGGAGGAGUGUGCUGGUUUGACUGUGUGUCAUUGCCGGCGUGAUAGGUCUUGUUCGAAUUCUGUUUUCAGGCUUUUUUUUUUCCCCCCCUAGAUUACGGCACAAUCUUUCGGUUGGCUUGAGGCGCUGAUAAACAAGAGCCCAUUUAAUUAUCUUUUAAUUAUUUUCUUCUAUUUUCUGUGGGCGAGCGGGUCUAAAUUAUGACAUGCCGGAGGAUCUAGGCCUCAUCUCAAAAUAAUGAAGCGUGGAAAUUUAAAGCUCUCCCAAAACUUUACAACUGGGUGACAUUGUGUCAAAUUUUACCUUAUUGCUCGUCAAGGAA